AUCGCGGCACUGCUGUCUCUCUAAGCUUCAUUGACUGAAAUGCAGCUCAAACAUCCAUUGACUCUUGCAUUGUACUGUACUAGGCUACAUAUCAAUACUGGCCCUGUUUACAGGGCUGUACGCCUUGGAUCAUGGCUUGAGGAUGUGGAUACAUUAACAUGUGUUAAGACACGUCAUUGGCCUAACAUUGAAAUAAUAGAAUUGGAAGUGCUGGAUCUGAUGAAUGCUUAAGAAAAAUCAUUAAAAUAUUCUGAAGGAAAAAUGUGUUGAGAUAUCGAAUCAGUUUUCUUGCUCUCUCCUCCUUUAAGAUGCUCCUAAAAUCUUUCUUAAUCAAGCUUUUGUUUACCGGUCCGAAUAUCUUAUGUGGCUCAGUGCCAAAUUUUGGUUUGCUAACACUCCUAAGUGCUUCGAGACAAUUUAUUAUAUAUUGUUCAUCUGCAGGUGUUUGUGAACAUGGCCACACUCACACGACAAGACCUCAAUUUUGGACAAGUGGUUGCAGAUGUACUGUGUGAAUUUCUAGAAGUGGCUAUUCACAUGAUCCUGUAUGUCCGGGAGGUUUAUCCAAUCGGAAUCUUUCAGAAGAGGAAGAAGUAUAAUGUACCUGUCCAGAUGUCGUGCCACCCAGAGCUUAACCAGUACAUCCAGGAUACGCUACACUGCAUCAAACCUCUGAUUGAGAAGAAUGAGGUGGAUCGGAUGGUGGUGGUGAUCCUGGAUAAAGAGCAUCAUCCUGUGGAGCGCUUUGUCUUUGAGAUAUCCCAGCCUCCUCUGCUGUCUGUCAGCUCUGACUCGCUGCUUUCCCGUGUUGAGCAGCUCCUGCGAGCAUCAAUCCUGAAGAUCAGUGUCUGUGAUGCGAUUCUUGACAGCAACCCUCCAGGCUGUACCUUUACUGUAUUGGUUCAUACUCGAGAUGUUGCCACUCGAAAUAUGGAGAAAAUUCAGGUGAUAAAGGACUUCCCGUGGAUCCAUGCUGAUGAACAGGAAGUGAACAUGCGAGAGCCACGGCUCAUCCCACUGAAAACUAUGACAUCAGAUAUCUUAAAGAUGCAGUUGUAUGUUGAGGAGAGAGCUCAGAAAACAUCUUGAUUACAAGCCAGAUCCAGUGGCCACAAUACCAAAUGAAACACAGAUCCCAAGGCACUGGGCAUGUUUCAUCAUUGAACUGACUUGUGGGGUAUAAGAGAGCUUUCAAAACUCAUGUAAUGUGAAACAUUAGCAGGGAUCAAACCCUGAAUUGGCACCUCUGGGUUUUAACUCUCUUGUACUAUAGGAAUAAUUUGUGGUUUGACUAUGUACAUUGUGUUGUGCUGCAUUCAUUGAGGAUGAGGUGAAAUUUGGUGUAAAUUUUAUGGUUCUAGGUCAAGGUUUGAAAUAGCUUAUCUCCUGCAUGAUUAGGCAUUGCUUUUUAAAUUGGCGGUCAGACUUUCUCUGAACAGACCGUAGAGCAAUGGUAAAGCAUUGUAGAAAUGCACAAGGCUUAUAAUCUGCAGCUAUUCCAGCAAUUAACUACCAGCCUCCUUAGUAAGGAAUUAGUCAUCUGUGUGCGAGGUUAUGACCUUCACAAGAUGGGAGGGAGCAGACCUGUCUUAGCCUACCAGAGUAGGUGUCCUGGACAGGGCUGAAGCCUUGGGCUGUAUAGCAUUUCUGGAUGGAAGAAACUGUGGUUGAGUGGAAGAAUAUUUUAUAAAAUUAAAAACAGAAAUUUGAGAGAUUUGUGUAUUUUUUUCUUUGUACUUUUUCUAAAAUGCUGAAAAUCAAGUAAAUAAGAACUAAACUGUUGACAGGAUAUUGUGUGAAAUCUAGUAAAAGCCUAAUUGAAAA